AUGAUUGUCGACAUGCCUGUUCGGAAACAAGACGCUUAUCGAGCAUUAGAAUUGCUCGAAGAAUAUUACAAUCGUCUUGAUUCACCAGAAGAUAAACCAUUAAAAAAUGCCAUAGAUAGAGUUAUCAAAGUUUUUAAAAGUCGACUUUUUCAAGCAUUACUUGAUAUUCAAGAAUUUUAUGAAUCAAUAUUACUUGAUGAACAACGUGAUCGUGUUGCUAAAAUGGAUGCAACACUUCAUUUAGCUGAAGAAUGGGAAAAACAACCAAUGCUUAAAAAAAAUAUACGAAAUGGUACACCAACAAUUGAAUCACCAAUGAUAGCAACAAAUAAUACAAUAUCUCGACCAACAAAUAUUAAAGAAAAUAGUAAACGACAAACAACACCAACAUCAUUCACUCAAAUGACUGAUGUACAUGAUGGAAUUCAAAAUAACCGUCCAAAUACAUCAGGAUUGAAUUCACCUACUGAUAUAACACAACUUAAUUAUGAUGAUCAUUGGCAAGAAAUUGAAAUUGAUCUUGAUCGACCACCUGGUGUUGGCCUUGGAUUUUCAAUUGCUGGUGGAACUGAUACACCUUGUAUUAGUGAUUCUCCAGCUGUUGUUGUAACACGUAUUACUGAAGGUGGUCUUGCUGAUCGUGAUCAACGAUUAAAACUUCAUGACAUUAUUUUACGUGUUAAUACUAUGGAUUUCACUCAUAUAGAACAUCAAGCAGCUGUUGAUGGACUUAAAGCAGCUGGUAAUCAUGUUAAUUUAUUAAUUCGUCGAUUAGCGCCACCUAUUAUGGAAGAAAUUCAAUUAAAUAAGCCACCAAAUGCACAUUUAGGUUUUUCAAUUGCUGGUGGUAUUAGUCAUGAACAUGUUAAAGGAGAUUAUGGAAUAUUUAUAACAAAUAUAAUUCCAGGUGGAAUUGCUGAUAAAAAUGGACGUUUGAAAGUUGGUGAUCGUCUUAUGCAUGUUCAAUCAUUGAAAACUGGUUAUGACUUACAAUUUGUUGAACAUAAACAUGCUGUUGAAUCAAUUCGACGUGCAUGUGAUGAAAGUCAAACAAUAACAUUAUUAGUUGGUCAUCCAACAGAUUAUCCAGGUGUAUCAGAUAUAACAAUACAACCUACAAAUGGACAUCGUUCACCAAUACAAAAUGAAGAACAAGGAGAUUUUCCAUUAGAACGUCGAGUUUUACUUCGUCGUGGUCAAACUGGUUUUGGUUUUAAUAUUGUUGGUGGCGAUGGAGAAGAAGGCAUUUAUAUCUCAUUUAUACAAGCUGGUGGUAUUGCUGAUAAAUCGGGUGAAUUACAUAAAGGAGAUCGU